UCUGGUGAAGGACUGCUGGAGAUCUGGUGAAGAUGCUGGGUGGAGAUCUGGUGGCGGUGUGGGAGGUGGCGCUGAGCGACGGCGUCCACAGGGUGGAGUUUGCUCACGGCACCACCACGGGGAAACGUGUCGUGUACGUCAACGGGCAGGAAGUGGUCAGAAGAGACUGGCUCUUCAAGCUGGUGGGGAAGGAAACGUUCAGCGUGGGGAGCUGCAACACCAGAGCCAGCGUGCUGAUCGAGGCCGUCAGCGGCUUCUCCUACGAGUACUCGCUGGAGGUGGACGGGAAGAGUCUGCAGAAGUUCACCCACGACCGGGACCAGACCUCCAAGACAUGGCUGCUGAAGGUGGAGGGGGAGGACUGCAGGGUGGUGCUGGACAAAGACACGAUGGACGUUUGGUGCAACGGGCAGAAAAUGGACACGAUGGGAGAGUUCGUGGACGACGGCACAGAGACACACUUCAUGUUGGGGGAACACGAGGGCUGCAUCAAGGCGGCGAGCAGUGGGAAGAGACAGAGCGGCAUUGUGCAUCACUUACUGCUGGACGGACAGAAAGUAGCAGCUUCAACACAAUAGAGCCGGACUUUUCAAAGAGACUGGGAAAAGUACAAAUACUGAGGGGGGGGGACACAAAGUGACUACACAGAGACUUAACAACUAUAAAGUGUGUGCAGUGUUGCUGCUUUGUAGGAUAAAUAUAACAAAUAAACACUGAAAUGUGCAGCUUAACAUUCUUGUAUAUUUAGUCAUUUUAUAUACUAGGUGAUUAUUUGCAAUUUUAUUUUGAAGGGGUCCUACAUUAAGUAAAUCCUGGAGUCAAAUGAACAAAGUAAGAAAUCAGAGAAAUGUUUUUGCGCACGAUCCACGCAAUGAGUAUCUCCUUGAAUGCUGCUGCGUCAAGCGCGCGGUGGUUAGCCAGAGGAAGACCGGAAUAAGAAAGGUUUUAGGUUUCAAAAUAAAAGCGUCAAAUAUGUCGCAAAUGUGUUAACACAGCUGGACCUUAUGAAAUUAAAUACACAGACUAUACUUUUCUCCUCCCAGACUACAGAAACAUUGUUUCAUCAAUUAGUGUCUUAAAGUUACAUAAUUUAAUUUGGCUGCAAGUGUUAAGAGUGUAUGAAAAUAAGUCUAAACAUUAAUAUAAACAUAUAGUGUUUUUAAUAGUUAGCAAACUUAAAGAAACCGAUAAAUGUCCAGUUCCUGCCACUAGUAGCCUACAAAUGCAAACUUCACCACACCAACUUAAACAUUGUAUUAAUUGUAUAAUAUUGUGAAUAAUGUUUAAUAAUAUCCUGUUGAUGGUACGUCUUAAAUAAAAUACUAAUAAACAUUACUGUCAUAUUAUGUCAACACAUUUGUCAUGAAAUCUGCAACGUUCUUUCUGUAUAACCACUCUUGUGUAUUCAUUCAUUAGG